AUGGGUCAAUUCAGAUUUCGUGGCGAGCCCGUCUCGCUGAUGGCUAUUGUGGUCAACCUCUUCGUCAGUAUGGGAGGGUACAUCUUCGGCUACGAUAUUGGCUACAUCUCGGGUUGUCUCAUUAUGCCUCACUUCCAGCAGGCAUACGGCACAAUAGACUCGUCAUCUGCCUCCGGUUUCGCACUUUCCUCCCGUCGUCAAUCUGUCGUCGUCGCCCUUCUCUCUGCUGGUUGCUUCGCAGGUGCUCUGCUUGGUGUGCCGACUGCUGAUUUCUUGGGACGGCGAGGCGCAAUCUUCAUGGUAUCAGUCAUUUUCAUCGUUGGCGUCAUCGUUCAAAUUGCGCCUACCGGCAACCUGGGUGCAUUCAUUGCUGGGAGAUUUGUUGCUGGUUUGGGUGUGGGCGCCCUUUCUGCUCUCGUACCUCUUUAUCAGGGAGAAAUUUCCCCAAAAGCUCUCCGGGGAGCCUUCGUAUCGUGCUACCAAGUCAUGAUCACCUUCGGGAUUCUCAUCGCUUACAUUCUCGACUUCGCCUGUAAGCGCAUCGACGGCACGGCUAGCUACAAGAUCCCCAUUGGCCUUCAAAUUAUCUGGGGAGCCAUUCUCUGCGCCGGCGUUCCGUUCCUCCCUCAAUCCCCUCGGCAGUCUAUUCUCACGGGCAACCCCGAGGACGCACGCAGUGUCAUCGCGCGCAUGCAUGGCAUCCCGAUCGACGAUCCUUUAGUGCAGGCGUAUAUCGACGAGAUCACGGAGAAGAUUGAGGAAGAGAAGCACUCCGGAGCAAGCUAUCUGGAUUGCUUCAAUUUCCGUAACGACCUAAAGACUGGACAGCGGACGUUAAUUGGAUGUUUCGUACAGAGUUUUCAACAGCUCACUGGCGCAAACUUCAUCUUCUACUAUGGCACAUCUAUCUUCGGAUCCAUUAACCCAAGUUUGGACUCGUACAUCAGUCAAAUCAUCUUUGGUCUGUUGGACAUGAUUGGAACGCUGCCAGGUCUCUACUGCCUCGACCGCUUUGGUCGUCGUCGGACAAUGAUCACAGGAGCUUUGGUCAUGGGCCUCUCGUACAUGUUAUACGCUGUGAUUGGAUCGUAUGCUCUCUAUCCAAACAACGAUGCUACUCAAGUCGCGAAGAAGGGUGCCGGCGGAGGAAUGUUGUUCGUCAUCUGUGUCUUCGUUCUCGCCUACGGUUGUUCGUGGGGGCCUGGUGGAUGGGUCAACACUGGCGAGAUCGCGCCUCUGCGUACGCGGGCUAAGCAGCUAUCGUUCGUCAGUGCCUCAAAUUGGGUUUGGAAUUUCCUCCUCUCCUACUUCUCCCCACCAAUUUCUGCCAAAAUCGGAGCCAAAUACGGCUUCGUAUUCUUCGGCGCUAACUUCCUCGCGGCCGCAUUCAUCUACUUCUUCGUUCCCGAGAUGGCCGGCUUGUCGCUUGAGGAGAUCAACGGUCUCUUCCAGGCCGGCAUCCCAGCCCGCAAAUCCUUCGCGUACAACCGACGGAUCCGGCAAGAGGAUCGCAAGAACCAGGAUAUCAUCGGGGCUGGGGGUGAAGCCAAGCUCGGAGGGCAGGACACGAAAGAGGCGACAGAGUUCAUCGAGGCGUGA